UCAUAUAUUUUGUAUGCGAUUUGAUGCGCUGAUAAACCUUGACCUGUUGCGCUAUGCAUGCUGGGAUUUUGGCGCGACCAUGGCCGACCCAAGCAAAUUGAGAGGGAUGGACGCACUUAUCGAGCAGUUUCGCGCCAUCACAGAUACCACCGAGGAUGUGGCACGCCACAUGCUGGAGGCUUGUGGAGGCAACCUGGAGAUGGCCAUUACCAUGCACCUGGAGGGGGGAGCAGGUGCCUCUGGUGGGGCCGGUCCCUCCAGCACCCCCGGGGCAUCAGCAGAUGGAGCAGGACCGUCUGUAGCCGAUGAUGAAGUACGAGCUCCAAUACCACAGACUGCAGGUGUACUCGUGGAGGAGUCCCUGUAUCAGAGUUAUGUCCCACAAGGAAGGCUAAGGAAACCAAGAUCUGUGUUUGACGGUUUCCGAGACUUCCAAGCAGAGACAAGACAACAGGAGCAGCUACUGCGGGACCGAGUGAGCGGGAAGACAACAGCAAAGAAGAGAACCUUAGAGGAUUUGUUCAGACCUCCCAUAGACCUUCUACACAAAGGCACAUUUGAGACAGCGAAGAAGGAGGGUGAAACCGGGAACAAGUGGCUGCUGGUGAAUGUGCAGAACGUACAGGAGUUCCCCUGUCAGCAGCUCAACAGGGACGUGUGGAGCAACGGGCUGGUCAAGUCCAUCGUACAGGAGCACUUUGUACUGUGGCAGGUUUACCAUGACAGUGCUGAGGGCCAACGGUACAUCCAGUUUUACAAGGUGGACACAUUUCCCUACAUUGCUGUACUGGACCCGAGAACAGGAGAGAGGUUGGCUGAAUGGAAUACUGUGGACCCCACUGCCUUUAUCGACAUGGCUACCACGUUCCUGACAGACCAUGGCGCUCUGGACGGUGAGUCCCGCAGCCCACCGAAGAAGAGAACAAAAAGGCAGGAAAGUAUCAUCGAUGCCAGCGAGGACAGCCAACUAGAGGCAGCCAUUGCAGCUUCACUACAGGAAACCGAGGCCACCUCCGGGAAACCCGACAACAAAACCAACGAGUCCAGCUCCGAGUCUGAACUCGAAAUAACCGACGACGAAAGCGACACAUUCCAUUCCGUGAACGGAGAGAGUUCCGAUGACAACAGCGAUGUGGAGGUUGAAAGGAUUGUCACCCCUGACCCAAAGGACAAAGAGCAGAGUUCAAAUGUCAAAGUGCAGAGUUCAAAUGGGCAUGCACAGACAUCAGAUUCCAGGACAGAGGAAUCAGAAAGAACUCAGGAAAGCAGUGUUGAGGAGAAGUUGGACAGAAGUCAGAACGGAAGUGCAGCGUGUACAAAAGACUCAACAGAGCAGCAGACUGUCACGGUUAACGGGAACACUACAGCUGACGAUGAUGAUGAUGAUGAUGAGGGGCCAAAGACGAACUUGAUGGUACGCUUUCCCGACGGAAAACGGAAACAGUUCUCGCUACCGGCAUCUGCCAAACUCAUGACCCUUGUCAAGCUGGUCAUAUCCGAGGGCUACACAAACGAACGUUAUGAGCUGGUGACGAAUUUCCCGCGCAGGAAGCUCUCCUACAUGGACUUCAACGUCACGCUGAAAGAGGCGGGUCUUUUCCCACAGGAGACGAUCUUUGUCCAGCAAAGAUGACACUGACAUGUGCAGUUGUGAUAGUCGACAAUGACGAUGACUUAUUUUGUUCUGGGGAUUAAUAUACUUUCGAAGAUUCCCUGCAAAAGCUGAACGAUAAGCCAAAAUUGAAAGUUACAAAGACAUGUCAUUAUUUUCCUUAUAUUAUUCUACCAGUAAUACACAAUGUUGCUUGGUUUAAAAGCAAUGCACAAAAAGUAUGUUGAUUAUACAUGUAUGUCUUGCCUUAAAUGUUAAGGUACAAUUGCACACAAACUGACACCAUAAGCUGAAUCUUUCCAAACUGUUAUUUGUAGUCCUUAGUCAGCCAUAUGAAACAAUAAUUUGGGAGAGGCAGUGUAUAUUUUUGGAAUGGAAUUAGAUGUUGCUAUAGCUAUAGAAAUGAGCUUUGAACUUUGAGAGCUGUUCAAAUUGUCCUGACACCAUCCUUUGCGAUUGAAUUUCAGUCAGUUUUCUUUGUAAGGAUAUUUUUUGGCAUCUUUUUAUGAUUUGAUAACAUACAAAGUCAUAUGUUUUGGUGACACAACUAUUCUCACUACUCCACUUAACAGAACUUAGAAGCUUGGAAUGAUGCACAAAAAUAACAUCUUCCAGUGAGUUGAAUCAUUGCGACUUCUCAUAUUUGACGUUUUAUUCUUUACUUCUGGUGCACCAACCCAUAGUGAUAAAAAUAACCUAGGCAUACAUGCGUAUUGAAAGGCAAUUCAAUCUCUACAACUGGAAAAACAAAAGUUCCUGUGAAGUUUCAUUGGCAGGCUCUUUGAAUAUUUUCUUUCGCUGUGAUUACCGAUUUUCCUAGACAGUCUUGAUAUUAAUCCUGUGGGAGGCACCCAUCUUCUGUUUUGAUGACCCAUGAAUAUUUAUUGUACAGUUGAGGAUAGGUUUUGUCUGUUUUGGCAGACGGCCAGUAUCAGGGACCAUGGAAGGAAAGCUCCUGUUUUAUCACAUUUGUGAAAGCAAUGCAGUAAAGAGGAAAGAUUUCUCCUUAAGGCAUUACUGCCUUGAUUAUAUGCAUGACAUGUGCACAUGCAUUAAUUUUCAUCUGUAGAAGGAUAAAAUCUUUAAAUUCAUACAAAGAAACUGCAAUAUAUACCAUAAAUUUGCAAAGAAUAUCAGAAAGUGUUCCAGUGUCAAAGAAGAGAGGACAAAAAUACAAAAUUUCUUGAUGUGAACUUUCCUUGUCUAAAGUCACAAAUCUUGUAGAGUUGUUUUACAACAGUAUUUGUCAAGUAUAAGUUUUUUGAUAAUAGCAAUAUAAGAUAUGUUGACAGCAUUCAUGUACAUCACAGACUAAACAGAAAAUAUUUUUGGAUCACUUUAGAAUGCAGUAUCAAA